AUGGCUGAAUUGUCCCAGUUGCUUGAGUUUCUACAUCAUGGAAAUACUCAAAUCCGUCAACUUGCCUGUGACCAUCUUGUCGGUCACUCCUCAGAUCCGACAGUCUUCAAGAAGCCUCAGCUUGUCCCAGUCCAAGACUUGAAACUUCUCGUUAGAGACUACCCUCCCAUAGCCAAGAAUGCUCUUACAAUUUUAAUCAACAUCAGUCAUGACAGUGAAAUCUUCGAGAACCUCGCGGCAGAUGAUGCUUUUGUUGAAACCCUGCUCAAGAAGAUAACAGAUCCGAAAGAGCAAACCGCCGAUGAAAUUGCUAUGCUUCUCUCAAAUCUGGCGAAAUCGGACCACAUGGAAAAACUGAUUAACCUUGAGCGAGCCUUGCCUGCCAAAACAGUAUCUACGUCUCCAUAUGCCCUCGACCAGCUGCUCGACUGCUUUGUAAAAGGGGCCAACGGAACCCUUAAUAAGCACGCCAACUUCGACUAUCUGGCUUACUUUUUAGCAGACUUAUCAAAACAUAAAGUUGGUCGGGACUAUUUCCUGAGCAGGAGGGAUUAUGAUGUCGUGGUGCCGAUAAGCAAAUUAACGGUCUUCACGGAGCACAAAAGCCACGUUCGGAGGAGAGGAGUCGCCAGCACAAUCAAGAAUGUUGCUUUUGAAGUUGACAAACAUCCUUUACUUCUGUCUGACGACACCGAAACCAUUGAUGGGGUCCCUGGCGUCAACAUACUGCCGUAUAUCCUCCUACCGCUGGCUGGAUCUGAAGAAUUCUCAGAAGAGGAGUCGGCCAAUAUGCUCCCAGAUUUGCAGCUACUGCCGCCAGACAAGGCUAGAGAUAGCGACAACGAUAUCCUUGUAACCCAUCUCGAAACUUUGUUACUGCUGACCACAACGAAGGAAGGGCGUGACAAGUUGAGGAAGGUGCAGGUUUAUCCCUUGAUUAGGGAGACGCAUAUGCAGGUCGCGGACGAGGGCGUGAGGGAAGCAUGUGACCGCCUAGUACAGGUGCUGAUGCGAGAUGAGGAGGAGGCUCCAAAGAUCGAGGAGCUGGAUGAAGACGAGAAAAUAGAAGAGAUAUUUUGA